AGAGUUGAGAACCGGAAGUAAAAACCACCAAGAAUCAAAGCACAAACACCAGAACGGAACCCCCACGCCAUCAUUGCCUCCAUGGUGUAACCAAUCCAUGCAAUAGAUUGCCACUGUAUCUCAUUGCCUUUUUAUAAAACCAUCUUAUCCUCUUAUUUACAUUCAGUACGGUAGUAGGAAAGAAUGUCUCGUGGUGUAACAUUUGCGCAUUCGACCACUUCGGCGGCCCGGGAAGCCGCCAAUGCAGAUUUGAAUGGAACUGGAAGUAUCCACAUGACACAGCAGCAGCUGGACGAACUGGCCCAAGCUUUGCAAUUCAGCGUGGGCCUUUCCGAUCGCAAAUGCAAAAGGACCCGCAAGAAGUACCGCAAUGUGUUUUGUGGCGACGAAGCCGUAGAGAUUCUCCAGCAAUUGGGUCGCUUCCAGAGUCGCGACGAAGCCUUGCAAGCUGGCAGGCUCCUGCAAACCAACAUGAAUUUGUUUGAAUGCGUCAAUGCGAAACAUCAUGAUCCUGCUCACCAUGAACUCCAAGACGACAAACGCUUCUUUUAUCAAUUCGUCACCAACGCCACGGCCGGAACACGCGGCAAGACGGACGAAUUGCUGAAACAGAAUUUGGACGACAAAAUGCGCGUCUUUCAGCGGGGUGUUCGUGUCAAGGAUCGGUCGUACCGAUUGACCACGUACAAACAAUGCUUUAUUGGAAAGGAAGCCGUCGAUCUCAUGAUGAAACACAAAAUGGCCCAUACGAGAGCGGAAUGCGUCGAAAUUGGACGACUACUCCAACAAAAAUACAAUCUGUUUGUGCCAGUCACCGGCGUACACGAAUUUGAAGAUGAUGCCUACAAAUUCUAUCGAUUGUUGCUCCCACAAAAAGAUAAAGUCAAAACACCCUCCUUUCUCGAUGAAAUCAAACCCGCCAUUCCACUCAUCCUACUAAGUCUCGUUCCGGCCAUUGUCGUCUACUACGUUUUUUAUUGACACUGUUCAAGCAAGCAAGCAAGCAAGCAAGCAAUAAAUACAAAAGCAACAAUACACACAAGGAUGGAAAAAGGAAACGAGAACACAUCGCAAUCAGCAUGCAUCCAUGUUGGUGUAUAUACUGGCAUGGUUGCGUUGGGUGC